AUGAAGAUUGGACAUCAGAAGGGCGUGGUCGAUAAUAAAACCUUGAAAAGAACAAUGAAUAAUAACCAGCAAAUACCUCACCCAGCAACUGGUAUUCCUCCAGCAGCCAUGCUCUUCCGAGAUGGACAACGGUUAGAGUUCCCAAGAAGAUGUGCAACCGAGGAAAAAGCAAGAAAAGCAAAGGAAACGGACAGAAAUAGAAAAGUACAUCGCGAGAAUGAUGUCAACAUCUCCAAAUAUAGAAAGAAAACUGAUUUCAACGUGGGCGAAAAGGUGCUGAUCGGAAAUUAUCGCCGGUCAGCGAAGUUUGAUCCAAUCUUCCUCAACCAACCGUUUAAGAUCAUUGAUAUUAACGAAGUAGGAAAUAAGAUUAUCGUUGAGCAAGAAGAAACCGGAUUAACGCUGUGUCGACACCCAUCUGACGAUAUAAAACCUUUCAAACUAAGGAAGCGGAGUUAUGAAGAUAAACAAGAAGAUACUGAUGGUACUAAAGAAAUUCAAUGGCCUGAAGCAGAUACAGAAGAGGACGGACAAUGCUGCUUUGAAGAGAAGCAGGCUACAUGUACACCUCUAUUAAGGCGUAGUGAACGCACCAGGAAACCUAAUCCAAUGUAUAUGUUAAAACACUUAGGAGUAAAUGACAGAACGUUGCUUCAUUAA